AUGGCAAUCUUUGCGACUUUUGUCAUUGUCCCUUUUGGUUUGCUCUUCUUGGUAUCAGGCCUCAUCAUCAACCUCAUUCAGCUUGUGUUAUUCAUCUUUGUUCGUCCUGUCUCAAGAAAUGUGUAUAGAAGAAUCAACACAAGUGUUGUAGAGUUACUUUGGUUGCAGCUCAUAUGGCUCGUUGAUUGGUGGGCCUUUAUCAAGAUAAAUUUGUAUGCUGAUGCAGAGACUCUUGAACUACUUGGUAAAGAACAUGCACUAGUCUUAAGCAAUCAUAGAGGUGACAUCGACUGGCUCGUCGGAUGGGUUAUGGCUCAGCACUCAGGCCGUCUGGGAAGUACUCUAGCAAUCAUGAGGAAAGAAGCCAAGUAUUUUCCAAUCAUAGGUUGGUCCAUGUGGUUUUCAGAAUACAUCAUCUUGGAAAAAAAUUGGGCCAAGGAUGAAAAAAUCCUCAAGGCAGGUUUUAAUCAACUGAAGGACUUUCCUACCACAUUCUGGUUGGGUCUUUUCGUCGAAGGAACUCGAUUCAAUCAAAAAAAUCUUGAAGCUGCUAAGGUUUAUGCAUCUCUAAAGGGCUUACCAACACCUCGCAAUGUUUUGAUUCCUCGUACAAAGGGAUUUGUUUCAGCGGUAACUCACAUGCGCUCGUUUGUUCCCGCGAUCUAUGACUGCACAUAUACAGUUCAGAAGAAACAGACCACACCAAUACUGCUUAGGAUGUUCGGUGGCCAAUCAUCUGAGGUGAAUUUGCAGAUGAGACGUUACAAAAUGAGCCAAGUGCCGGAAACCACAGAUGGCAUUGCACAGUGGUGCCAAGAUCUGUUUGUCGCCAAGGAUUCUCAACUUGAAAACUACUUCACAAAUGAUGUGUUCAGCGACUUGGACGUUCACCAAAUUGGCCGGCCAAUCAAACCACUGAUCGUGGUGUUAACUUGGUUCUGUCUCCUCAUAUACGGCAGCUUCAAGCUACUUCAGUGAUUCUCCAUGGUCCAGAUCAUCUGUUUCUUUGUCUUUUUCUUGGUGGUUGCAACUUCAACAGUGGGACUUCUGAUCCAAUCUUCCUAAUCAACGGGCACAGUUCCUAACAACCUCUACCAGA